AUGUCGGCUGGGAAACCUUCGCUUGUGAGAGCAUUUGUUGGCGGUGCUGUGAUUGUAGCGGCAGGAUGGGGAAUCAUGGCAGCGACUACGCCAAACGAGCAGCAAUUCUACGACAAACUCUCUCCGGAGCUCAAGGCUCGCGUAGAUGCUCAACGAAACGCAGCCAGGCGAAAAGCAGCUUAUGCCGAACAAGCGCACAGAGCGCAAGAUCAAGACGAUUCACCUGUACAGUGGCAGACGGGCAAGGAGGCUCGCGAUUCCACGCCUCCACCUACCGGAGCGUUCGGUAGACCUCCUAGGUAG